CUUCAACAUGCCCAGGAUCGUCGAGUCCAGGGACUCGAUCAAGAACAUCUGGGGCGACCGCACGCCCUACAAGCACCAGUGGCCGACGCGGUGCGAUUCGCAUCUCGUCGAUAAACCCGACAAAUGGGUCCAGAGUGCUUGUGUCCUUUGCAGCAAUGGCUGCGGCAUGGACAUCGGGGUCAAAGACGGCAAAGUCGUCGGCGUGCGUGGACGAACCGACGACCGGGUCAAUAAGGGACGACUUGGGCCGAAGGGUUUGAACGGGUUCGUAUGCUACAUUCUUGCACUAAAAAUACUAACAACAUAGAUGGAUAACACUUGGCCACCCCGACCGUCUGCAGCACCCGCUGGUCCGACGCAAUGGCAAGCUGGAGCGGGCGUCGUGGGACGAGGCCAUGUCGCUGAUUGUAGAUCGCGCAAAGGAUAUCCAGUCGAGGCUGACGAACCACGGCAUUGGAUUCUACACCAGCGGGCAGUUGAUGCUCGAGGAGUAUUAUGUGCUCGCGAUGGUUGGGAAGGCUGGGCUGAAUACGCUGCAUAUGGAUGGGAAUACGCGUCUGUGCACUGCAACUGCGGCGGCGAGCAUGCGUGAAUCAUUUGGAAGUGAUGGCCAGCCUGGUUCAUAUGCAGAUAUCGACUAUACCGACUGCUUGUUCCUGGUCGGACAUAACAUGGCCGCCACGCAGACGGUGCUAUGGUCUCGAGUGCUGGACCGUCUGGCCGGGCCAAACCCACCGGUACUCAUUGUCGUCGACCCUCGCAUGUCGGAUACAGCAAAGAAAGCGACAAUCCAUUUGUCCCCGAAGAUUGGGACCAACGUGGCCCUGAUGAACGGGUUACAGCACCUGAUUAUCGAGAACGGCUGGGUGAACGAGGACUACACCGCAAAGCACGUCUGCGGGAUAGACGACUUGAAGAAGACCGUUAAGGAAUACAGACCUGAAUAUGUUGAAAGGAUCACCGGAGUUCCUGUCUCCCAACUGCACGAGACUGCGCGAGCCCUAGCAACAUCCGGCAGUCUGCUCUCGACAGCCCUGCAGGGCGUCUACCAGUCCAACCAGGCCACCGCCGCAGCAUGCCAAAUAAACAACAUAAAUCUACUCCUAGGACACAUCGGCAAGCCCGGAAGCGGCAUCCUUCAAAUGAACGGACAGCCCACGGCACAAAACAACCGCGAAACAGGCUGCGACGGCGAAUACCCCGGAUUCCGCAACCACCAGAACCCCCAGCACAUGCAGGAAAUCGCCGACAUCUGGAACAUCGACCUGACGCACGUUCCGCACUGGAACGAACCAACGCAUAUCCAGAACAUGCUCAACUUCAUCGCAGCCGGCAGCAUCGAGAUGUUCUGGGUGUCUGGCACAAACCCCCUUGUCAGCCUCCCCCAUCUCUACCGCGUGCGCGACCUCCUCACGAAACCAGACCUCUUCCUCGUCGUGCAGGAUAUAUUCCUCACCGAGACAGCAGCGAUCGCAGACGUGGUCCUACCAGCCGCACAAUGGGGCGAGAAAACAGGCUGCUUCACCAACGUCGACCGCACAAUGCACCUGUCGCAAAAGGCCGUCGAGCCACCGGGGGAAGCAAAGCCAGACCUGGAAAUCUUCCUCGACUUCGCGCGCCGAAUGGACUUCUGCAAUAAAGACGGCGGCGUGCUCAUCCCCUUCACGAAGCCCGAGGAAGUCUUCGCCGAAUGGAAAAGGAUGUCCUCUGGCCGACCCCUCGACUGCAGCGCGCUGAGCUACGAGAAACUAACCGGUGGCUCCGGCAUCCAGUGGCCCUGCACGAAAGAGUAUCCAUACGGUAAAGAGAGACUUUUCGAAGACGGGAUCUUCUUCACAGAUACCGAGUACUGCGAGAGUUUCGGGCACGAUCUCGACACCGGCGCACCGCUCACCAAGGCGCAAUACCAGGCCAUGAACCCAGCAGGCCGAGCUAUUUUCAAAUCAUGUCACUAUAAGCCGAGUCUGGAGCAGCCGGAUAACGAGUUCCCGUUUCUCUUGGCGACAGGGAGGAAUGUCUUCCAUUUCCAUACUCGGACCAAGACCGGUAGAUCGAAGCGGUUGCAGGGCGCUGAUCGUGAUGCAUGCGUUGUUGUAUCUCAGACGGACGCAGACAACAUCGGCGUUAGUAACGGCGAGAUGGUAAUCGUACGGUCCAGACGAGGACAAGUUGAGCUCCCGGUAAAGACUGAAGGAAUCAACACAGGCCACGUCUUCAUUCCGUUCCAUUUCGGAUACUUCGACUCAAAGGACAAGCGCGCGCGGGCAGCAAACGAACUCACCAUUGAACAAUGGGACCCCGUCUCCAAACAGCCAACGUUCAAAUCCGGCGCGGUUCGAAUCGAAAAAUGCGUCCAGAAGGAAUCGCAGCCCCCUAUCGCCCCAGAGCGUCAAACAGCCGCCAUCCACGCGGUCAAAGAGAAUAAAACCAACGCAAAAGAAACCGGAAACCGCAACGACAAGUCCCAGAACCGCAUUCGGUGGUUGGAAAUGUGGCUAGGCGCAACGCACGAAAGCCUCGAGAUGUUGCGCGAUAUCUACAGCGACCUCAUCCCACGGCUGGUGCACGAUCUGGAAAUCCAGUCUGGCCUCGAAGUGAUGAGACGGAUUACGUACGAUGCUAUAGAAAGGCUGGAGCCUGUCAUAUCGCGGUACCAUGAGAGUCGACGGUACGGACGAAAGGUCUGCGAGAGGCUGCGGCGGUCUCUGUUCCCCAUGGAAGAGGACGUGUCGAACGAUGUGUACGAGGCGCUGAUUGCGCUGCAGUCGCUGGAGAUGUUUCUGACGUAUAUCGAGGGUCAUUUGACGGCGUUGACGCCCGCCAGUCAGGCCCUUUGGGACACUGAGUUUGUAAAUGCAGUUACCUUUGCUCAGACGAGUGUGGGCAGGCAGAAGGCGUGGGUUACGCAGCAUAUCAAGGUGAAGAGCCCACAGACGCUGCUUGUACCACAGAAGCCACUGAGUCAGUUGGAUACAUCUGCGUCAGGGCUGGCAAGGGAGUUUUAUUACUGAGAACACCGUAUAUUUAAUUAUGUACUUUAAUGUAUAGCUUGGACAGAGACUUCUCCGGCCUCCGUACUGGGGAAUCAUUGGGCAAGACUGUAAUGAGAUUAAUAUCUUCUGCACUCCCUGAAGCUGGCUUCGUAGGGUUCGUGCUUGAUCGGAAUGUCCCUCGCGUUGACGGUGCGGUUUGAAAAGUCGGAUAUGAUUUUCUUGCAGAAGCAAACCACCGCGGUAGGAGUCUCUUGAGUAACGCUGCAAUGGCAGGCAUGCAGGUGCACAUAACGCUGACGUCUCCCUCAAUAACACCGUAGUAGGAGA